AUGUUUGGUUAUUUUGCAGAAAAACUCAACGUUAAGAGCUUGGGUGAGUUGCUAGCACCCACACUGACGCCUGAACAGGAGUUGCAUGUCGCUAUUGAGCAGGGUCUUCGUGAAAAGUUUGUGUGUAUGCUGGACGAGCAAAAAGUCGAUCCUAAUGCCAAGAACGACGCUGGGAAUCUGCCCAUUCAUACAGCAGCAUAUCAUGGUCGCGUCGACUUUUUAGAGAUUUUAAUUACUUAUAAUGUCGAUGUGAACGCCAUGUGCCCCCGUCAGAACGCCCCACUACACUAUGCGGCUGCACAGAGUCAUUACGAUGCAGUCAAGUUUUUGGUGAAUCAUGGCGCCAACCCUGCAUUGCGCAAUCGCAGUAACCGUACCCCGUACGAUGUAGCAAAGGGAGACAAUAUUCGCCAGUAUUUACUCCCCUUGCAAUUUCGACAUGAAGAUCCGAAUGAAGCAGCAACAAUGCUACCGCCAGGAAUCACUCCGUCUGUAGACCCUAUGGCGCCUCGACCGAUCAUUGCGCCUCCCCCAAUGAGCAGCGAUUUUUCUGCAAUUCAAGGCCCUCCACUUGGUAUGCCUCAGCAACAAGCGCCACAGACGAAUUUAUACGCUGCUGCUACGCAUAGUGCGAUUCCGCGAAGUGGACAACCGCGAUUUGCUCGUCCUAAAGACUAUCGCCCUAUUCAAGCUGAUGGGUUUGGCUCAAGUGUUGGCAAUGAAGAGUUGACUGCCAAAUUUGGCAAUAAGCGUGAGAUCAAGGUCACAGCACCACCUCCUUCCACAAUAAUACCACCGGUACCCAUUUCUGCUGACAGUGGUGUAGCAGGAAACAAUCUUUAUAAUGCUGCACCUACUACUAAUCCGUAUGCUUCUGCUUACGCAAACACUUCGCGGACGCCGACAGUCGGAGGGUUCACUGCAUCUGUCAAUCCUGGCAAUGCAGCUAAAGGACCACCGCAAUUUAAAAUUUUUAAUCCGAAACUCGCUGACGCAACUGCGUCUUCUGCUAUGCCAACAUAUCCUACAGUGGUUCAAGAAUCUCAUCAACACGAUGCUUCUGAACAAGGCGAAGAAGUGACUUUAUCAGCUAACGCAAGUGUGCUGCAGUAG